CGCAGUGAUUAGUGACUAAAAGUGAACAAUUAGUGACAGUGCUUGACAGGAUUUAGUGACGAAAUGUGGAGGUGAUUAAAAACUAGUUUUAGUCGAACUAUGUGCUGUGAAUUUUUAGUGUAUAAAUAUAAAGAUGUGUGCCAAAUCUAGAUGUUUGCUGCUCGUUGUGCUGGGUCUGUCCUGCGCCGCUGGCUUCCAGCAGCAGUACUUCAGAGUAGUCCCUCGAAGCCUGCGAGUGCAGGAGGGCUCUGAGGCUGUCUUGGAGUGCUCGGUGGCCAACCUGGCCGGCCAGGUGCAGUGGGCCAAGGAUGGAUUCGCUCUUGGGUUCUCCUCCGUCAUCCCCGGCUACCCUCGCUACACCAUGUUCGGGGACCGUCGCCAUGGAGUCUACAACCUUCGCAUCGUCAACGCUUCUUUGGAAGACGAUGCGGAGUACCAGUGCCAGGUCGGACCUGCCCAGAUGCACAAGGUCAUCAGGGCGAACGCCACGCUGACUGUAAUAUCACCACCUAACGCUGUCGAGAUCACCAACCACCCCCACAACUCCAAGCUGGAGGUCAAAGAGGGGGAGGAUGUGGCCCUGGAGUGCCUGGUGAAGAACGCCAAGCCGGCUGCCAAGAUCAUAUGGUAUAGAGGCAACGUGGAGCUGAAGGGUGAUAAAGUGUCCAAAGAAGAAAUCAGAGAGGUGGAGAGUCCAAACGAAAAUCCAAAGUCAACAAGAUACACUACUAUAUCCAGAUUGCAUUUCAAGGCGACAGCGGAUGACGACUACGCCGAUUUCACUUGCGAAGCGAGACACGAGGCUUUGCAAAGAGACACCCCGAUGAGAAGUACCGUACAACUCAGUGUAUUGUAUCCCCCUGGAGCCCCCUACAUCGAAGGUUACGCGGAAGGGGAGACGGUCCGCCGAGGACAGAGCCUCGAGCUGGUAUGCAGGAGUAGGGGAGGCAACCCCCCAGCCCAGCUGAUAUGGUACAAGAACGGGGAGCAGAUCCGGAUGGCUUACCGAACCAGCGGGCGUAUGUCAGAGAACGUUCUGUCGUUCAAGGCCGAUGCAUCCGACAACAAGGCCAGAUACACGUGCGAAGCGAAGAAUAUCAUGAUCAGCAACACCUUGAAGGCUGAGAUCGACCUCACCGUGCUCUUUGCUCCAUCUCACGUCACCAUAUCUGGACCCUCCGAGGCAAGAGUGGGAGAUCCGGUCCCUCUCAGCUGUAGCACUGCUCCCUCCAACCCAGCAGCUGACAUCAAAUGGCUGGUGCUCGGGAAACACCACAAGGAGGCCAGCAACAGAACCGUCAUAUCGCCCGAAGGUGGCUGGAUCACGACCUCCAACAUAACGGUGGUGGUGGAACCCAAUCGACGCUCCAUCGUGGUAGUCUGCCAUGGGAUCAACGCUCAGCUCACAGAGAAUGUCGUCGCAACGCACACCAUCAACGUGCUAUACCCUCCUUCAGCACCGAUGAUCACCGGAUACAUCCCAGGGACUACCCUCUCAGCUGGAACAGUCCAGAAGCUGUCCUGCAUAUCCUCGGGAGGGAAUCCCCUUGCUACCCUGACCUGGUUCAAGAAUGACAAGAAGAUCCACUCAGUGACGAAAACCACUGAUAAGUCGGUGUCAGCAGAGAUAUCAAUCCUGACAAAUGUCACUGACAACCAGGCGCAGUACCGCUGCGAAGCAACCAACAGCGCCACUGAGAUCCCGCUGUUUGAGACUGUCACGCUGAACGUUCACUUUGCACCAGAGACAGUAAAAGUGAGAGCAGUGCCCGAAGAGCUCAAGCCGGGAAUCGAAGCGACUCUCUACUGCGACGCCGCAUCAAGCAACCCGCCCGCCACUCUGUCGUGGUGGCGCGACGGUAUACCGGUUCAAGGGUCUCCAAUGCAACUGAAGAAGGGUCUCCACGGUGGAACGGUGUCCACAAUAGACCUGAAACUGAACGUGACCAAGGAAUUGAACGGAGCCGUCUAUACUUGCCAGGCUAUGAACGAAGCGCUUCAACGGAGCGUCCACGACGCCCUGAGUUUGAAAGUGCUUUACGCGCCAAUCUUCGACGAGACAACUCCAGAAACGGCGGUAGGCGAAGAGAAUGAACCACUCAUCAUCAUGCUGCGAGCUGACGGCAAUCCUGCCAGCAUCACGUACACCUGGACCAAAGACGGCCUGCCCAUCACGCAGUCCUCGUAUAGCAGCGGUAACGAUAGAAUAAUCUCAGAAGGUAGUAUGCUGAACAUGACCCGCCUGUCGCGGGCGGACGCCGGUGUGUAUACGUGUGAGGCCGUCAACUCGCAGGGGGCAGCUACCGUCAAUAUCACUGUGUCUGUGCAUUAUGCGGCCAGCAUAAAAGCCACAGGCCAAUCAGCGAUACCGAACCAAAACGAAGACGCUGUUUUAUCCUGCACAGCAACUGGCAACCCACUGAAUUCAGAACACAUCCGUUGGCAGCGAAAAAACUACGAUAUGUCUUCAAAAACUGUCAUAUUUGAGCCUAAGAAUUCGACCAGCUAUUUGACCAUACCAAAAGCGACGAGGGAAGACGUGGGGAAUUUCCAGUGUAUUGUGAAUAAUGGGGUGGGGAAAGAAACGAAGCAAGAUGUCAUGUUGGUUGUCAAGUUCAAGCCGGAGAUAGAUUCGACCCCGAAUCUGAUGAAGUCCGCGUCGAAUGUGGGUCAAGUGGGCAGGUUGACUUGCAAAUGCCAAGCCGCGCCACCCCCCAACUUCACGUGGUCCAAAAAUGGCGCCAAACUGCCCGUCAACACGUCAACGAAAUACUUUGCUGAGUUCCACAAGAUCGACGCCAUAACUUACACUUCUGUGCUUCUGAUUAAUGACGUCACGUCCUCUGAUUACGGGUCUUAUGAAUGCGGGGCCAGGAACGAUCUGGGCUUUGGUACUACGUCUGUGAAACUGGAUAUCACUAGUGCACCUGACCAAGUCAUAUCGCUCGCUGUCACAAACGUGACUCACAACUCUGUGACAUUGGAGUGGGUGCCUGGAUUCGAUGGUGGACUGAGGCCUUGGUACAGGAUUCGAUACCGCAAAAUCUACGACGAUUCCUACAAAUACGAAGACGUGAAGCCCAAAAACUCGACUACCUUCACGAUUGGAGGCUUGGAGAGGAGCACGGACUACGUGUUUUCUGUGAUGGCAAUCAACAACAUCGGACAGAGCAAAUACAGGCCUGAUGACACGAAAGUCACGACAUUGACAUCACCCUCAUCCGAAGUAGGCGAGUUGAACGUCAUAUCGACAGAAUACGUCGAAACAGCUGACGUGUCCAAAUCAGUAGUGGUGUACGUGUCAAUAACUGGCGCUGUGCUAGUUCUGAUAAACGCUGCCUUAGUCGCUUGCUUUGUAUUGAAACGCCGCUCUAGAAGGCUGAAAGAACAAGCGGGCCAAGCGUCAAAAUCAGCCACCAUAGAGAUGUAUGCACCAUCGUCGUACAACGACACCAUGACGGGCGAGACUCUCAGCUCCGUCUCCGAGAAGUCAGAGACGUAUUCCCAGGAUGAGGACGAUCGGCAGCCGCCACCCAUACCAGAGGUGCCGACGAUGCCGAACCGGCAUAUGCUCAGCCAGCAGACCGAUGCCUAUCUCCUAGACGAGCAAGGACUCACCAUCCCCCCUCCCCUCGACUACCCUCCGCCGAACUACGCGGUGUAUGAAGGGGAUCACGCGCGGACGCUGCCGCAUCCUCACAGGCACAAAGAUAUUAGCGGACAUAGCACGCUGGGACGAAGUGCUGGCAAACAAAACUACGUGCCCGCACCCAGCCCGAUGCCUCCGCUCGACGGGUCCUAUUACAACAUGGCGUCGGAUAGAUACUUGUCCUACCCGCCACUUAUUGGGGAAUUCUUGCAACAGCAAGCGGGACGCACCCCCACCCCGCCGCAGCAGUACGGGGCCCAGCCUCUUCCAAAGCCUCACCUCAUGAACGGAGGAGUGCCGGGAGGGUCGCCCUCGCAUAUGGUCAGCCCGCCGCAUAAUUAUGGUCUUGAUGUAGAAAAAUUUAACAAUUAG